ACUUCUGAUCAAGAACUAACCAGUUCUAAACUUCUGAUCAAGAACCAGCCAGUUCUAAACUUCUGAUCAAGAACUAACCAGUUCUAAACUUCUGAUCAAGAACCAGCCAGUUCUAAACUUCUGAUCAAGAACUAACCAGUUCUAAACUUCUGAUCAAGAACCAGCCAGUUCUAAACUUCUGAUCAAGAACUAACCAGUUCUAAACUUCUGAUCAAGAACCAGCCAGUUCUAAACUUCUGAUCAAGAACUAACCAGUUCUAAACUUCUGAUCAAGAACUAGCCAGUUCUAAACUUCUGAGCAAGAACAAACCAACUAACUGAUUAAGGAAUAAACAUGGCAAAGGCCGGGAUGAAAAGAAAGAAGGAGGAGAAGACGAAAACCCAACUCAAGAGACCUAAAACCGCGCCAGGACAACAUUUACCAAAAGGCACAAAUGUGACAAAAACAGAUUUUAAGGUUGGAAAAAUCGUUAUUCCUAAACAGCUUGAGAAAAGCGGUGAAGCAGGUCCUGUAACUAAACGGAAACUGGGUUUAAAGGAGCUACUCUCCAAGCUAACUCAUUACUCCCAGACCGUGAGGUUUGAGAGCCUGGAGGGGAUAAAGGAGUUGGUUACAGGGGAGCAAGGAGGAAACCUUGUUCAAGGAAACCUGUCUCUCCUCGUCUCUAAACUAGCUCCACUUACCUCGGAUAGAGAGAGACGAGUUCGGAGAGCAGCCUUUGCCAUUCUGCAGGCGAUUCUGUCACAGGUUGCUGAAAGUAAACUUGAACCUCUGUUUCCGGUUCUUACUGCUCAUCUAUCCUGCUGUCUUACACACAUAGAUCCAGCUAUACAGCAGGAUGGUCUUAAUCUUAUAGAUAGUCUUGUCACCACUGUACCCAGCUUUAUUGCUGGAAACUUUUCAAAAAUUCUCCCAGACUGUUUGGAGCAGAUAUCCAAGAGAAGUGUGAAUAAAUCUAAGGCUGGAGUGUCAACUAAUGUAUCGGAGAAGAUAACAGCUCUACAAUGGAGGACAGAUGUACUGAAGAGGGUUGAUCAAGUUCUGCGUGCAAUCCUUUCUCAGCUGAAAUCAAAGAUCGGUAGUGAGAAGGCCCAAAACUGUGUUAAGGUUGAGUUUGGAGAAAGCGUUCAAGCGAGGAUAUAUCCAAUGCGUCCUAGCUCAUUGUGCCUUUCAGAGCUUGUUAAGAAAUCUGGUGAAGAUCCUAUGUUGGAGAUCACAGACAAGAUAAUUCCUCUGAUCCUGGAUUCCUGGGUUGAGGCUACCGCGGAGACGAACAAGAAAAGAAUUGGAUUUCUAUCCAACGACGUUUUUCCUCUGCUGGAGCAUAUCUCCGGGAUAUUGGAGAAACUGGUCACCUACUCCCGGGUUUUCGGGUAUGACGGAGAUGACACCGUUCUUGUUCGUAUGAAGCAAAAAUAUUUUGCCGACCUUAACUCUCGUCUUCUAAGCCAUUUACCGUAUAGUAACAGUUCAGGGAAGUGUAAUGCUCAAAAUGUUCUUCUCUCCAGUGUAAUCUUGAACCUAGCAGAAUCCCUGGACGCAAACCUUCUCUCCAGGAUAAUACAAACUGUUGGAUCUCCGACCACCGAUGCUGGAGAACGGUUGAAAGUUUUCAAACAUUUAUUGUAUGGAUCACUUUUAGAUAAAGAAUCGCGAGGAACUGUUUUAACUCUGCUAUUAGACAUGUCGGCAAACCUUGCUUCUGGCUCGGAGCAAAGAAUUGGUGCUUUGAAACUUCUCUCCGACCUGGCCGAGUGUGAUGAAGAACUAGGAUCCUGGUUGGAAAGUCUCCCGUCCCUCCUGAUAUCUGCUGUGGAUCAGAGUUUCUCCGAGAGAAGUUUAGUUCUUGAAACCAUGCUGAAGUUCGCUCAGCGCAGAAAUACACAUUUGGAACAGUCCUUUAAACUCAAAUCAUCAGCGCUUCAAGAUUGGAGCGAGGGAUUGGAGGAGAAAGAAAAACAAAACUCUAAGAUGUUAUUAUCGUACAUUCAUCAGAAUUAUGCGUAAAAUUCAUGUUAAAAAUAAAUUUUUUUUUGUUUCAGAA